GCCGCUGUGGCGGCGACAGGGGCGGGAGCAUGGGCCAGCCCUGUGGGAGCACAGGGCCCCAGCGGAUGCAUCCCACGGCCCAGUGAGGGAGCAGCCCAGCGGCUUGGCCCAGAGCCAGCCACACCAAACCCAAGGAGAACCAGGCCAAGGUGCCUGAGAUGCCACCACAGCCGAAGAAGCGCUGGGAGUCCAUGGCCAAGGGGCUGGUGCUGGGUGCCCUCUUCACCAGCUUUCUGCUACUGCUCUAUUCCUAUGCUGUGCCCCCGCUGCAUGCCAGCCCAGCCUCCAUCAGGACCCCAGAGGACACUGCGCCCUGCUCCCCCAUCCCUACUGAGUCAGAGCUGGUGACCCCCACCAACGGCUCGGCAGGAGGGUGCCAGCCCCAGAGGGACAUCGUGUUCAUGAAGACGCACAAGACAGCCAGCAGCACUCUGCUCAACAUCCUGUUCCGCUUCGGCCAGAAGCACAGGCUCAAAUUUGCCUUACCCAGUGGCCGCAACGACUUCGACUACCCGGCCUUCUUCGCGCGCAGCCUGGUGCAGGAUUACCAGCCUGGGGCCUGCUUCAACAUCAUCUGCAACCACAUGCGCUUCCACUACCAGGAGGUGCGCGGGCUGGUGCGGCCCAACGCCACCUUCAUCACGGUGCUGCGCGACCCCGCCCGACUCUUUGAGUCCUCCUUCCACUACUUUGGGUCCCUGGUGCCCUUCACGUGGAAGCUGUCAAGCCAGGACAAGCUGGCCGAAUUCCUGCAGGACCCGGGUCGAUACUAUGACCCCAACGGCUACAACGCCCACUACCUCCGCAACCUGCUCUUCUUCGACCUGGGCUACGACAGCGGUCUGGACCCCAGCAGCCCGCAGGUGGAGGAGCACAUCCUGGAGGUGGAGCGUCGCUUUCACCUGGUGCUCCUCCAGGAGUACUUUGACGAGUCCCUGGUGCUGCUCAAGGACCUGCUCUGCUGGGAGCUGGAGGACGUGCUGUACUUUAAGCUCAAUGCGCGACGCGACUCCCCGGUGCCGCGGCUGUCCGGGGAGCUGUACCGCCGCGCCACUGCCUGGAACAUGCUGGAUGCACGCCUCUACCGCCACUUCAACGCCAGCUUCUGGCACAAAGUAGAGGCCUUCGGGCACGAGCGCAUGGCCCGUGAGGUGGCCGCCCUGCGCAGGGCCAACGAGCGCAUGCGGCGCAUCUGCAUAGACGGCGGGCAGGCGGUGGAUGCGGCUGCCAUCCAGGACUCGGCCAUGCAGCCCUGGCAGCCGCUGGGUGCCAAGUCCAUCCUGGGCUACAACCUCAAGAAGAGCAUCGGCCGGCGGCACGAACAGCUGUGCCGGCGCAUGCUCACCCCCGAGAUCCAGUACCUGAUGGACCUGGGGGCCAACAUCUGGGUCACCAAGCUCUGGAAGCUCAUUAGGGACUUUCUGCGGUGGUGACACCUGUCCUAGCACUGGCUCCCCAAGCCCACCUGGUGCCACCCUGCACCCCAGGGUGAGGUGGGGUUUCCAUGGGGACAUAGCAGGCCAGGAAUGGGCUCACAGUGCUCAGAGAGGGCCCAGAUGUCAGUAUUUGAGUAAUUAUAGUAUUUUUUUUUAUUAAGCCCCCUGCCCUAUGUUUCCUGCUUCCCUUUGCGGAGCAGACUUCAGAAGUAAAGGAG